AUGAGCACGCCUGAGACAGUUGGCUGCUCUUCGCGUGUUCUGCAAACUUGCCUGCCGCGCCACCGUUCCAUCACAACUUUCUCGCGGCGCAACAGCGACGCGCGCCCAGUUGUGCGGACAUGCGUCUACACACCUACUCGGAGCGAGGAGCAGACUGCGCUGAAGCUUGAGGCGCAGGUUGUGCCACCGGCAAACCUAUUGAACGAGAUUUUGGCGCCUGUGAAGUCGGAUAUGGAGCAAAUGAACCAAAACCUUAAGAACGUGGUUGGCAACCGGCACCCUAUGCUGAUGGCUGCGGCGGAGCAGAUUUUUGGUGCUGGCGGCAAGAAGUUGAGGCCAGUCAUUGUUUUCCUCGUCGCGCACUCAACCGCCCAGCGUGAGGGCCUCACGGAACUGACAGACAAGCACCGACGUCUAGCAGAAAUUACCGAGAUGAUUCACACCGCCAGCUUGGUGCACGACGAUGUGCUCGAUGAAUGUGACAUCCGACGAGGGAAGAAAACCAUUAACAGCAUGUAUGGGACUCGCGUCGCUGUAUUGGCUGGUGAUUUUCUCUUCGCUCAAUCCUCCUGGUUCCUGGCGAACCUUGACAACCUAGAGGUUAUCAAGCUUAUCAGUCAGGUCAUUGCGGAUUUCGCCAACGGUGAAAUUAGCCAGGCUGCCAGCUUGUUUGAUACCGACAUCACCCUGGAGCAAUACCUCGAUAAGUCAUUCUACAAGACCGCCUCUCUCAUAGCUGCCAGCUGCCGCUCGGCCGCCGUGUUCAGCGACUCGCCCGUAGAGGUGAAGGAGGCUAUGUACAGUUACGGCAAGCAUUUGGGUCUGGCGUUUCAGGUUGUGGACGAUGUUCUGGACUUCACGCAGUCAACCGAGCAGCUGGGCAAGCCGCAGGGUCAGGACUUGGCGAGUGGGAACCUCACUGCUCCAGCAAUUUUCGCGCUGCGCAAGUCCCCGGAACUCUUGGACAUAAUUUCCUCGGAGUUUGUCGAGGAGGGCUCCCUGGAGCGUGCACUUGAGCUGGUCCGGGAGACGGGCGGCAUUGAAGAGGCGAGGCUUCUGGCGCGGCAACAGGCGGACAUGGCACUUGCAGCCCUGGAGUGCCUCCCUGAGGGCCCCUCAAGACGCUCCCUGCGGCUCAUGGUGGACUACGUCCUAGAGCGCAUUUAUUAA